GUCACGUGACGAUUGUGGCUCUUCUAGGUUUCCCGACUGGCUGUGGUGCACUAUUGUGAGAACAGCGUGAAAAAUAAUCUUAAAGACGAUGAAUCCUACAAUAAGCCAAGAGUCGCCAUCAGCUAUUUCGUCUGGGCAAUUUUUGCAUUGCUCCAUCUUGUCAAGGAAUAUGGGCUGUAGCCAAAGCAUAAUCCCAAGUUGGAAACACAAUGUGGCAUGCACAAUUCCACGGAUCAAGCCCAGACACAGAUUGGUGAACUUCAGUGGUAUACAAGGGUCUCGGUGCCGGUCAGUAUCUCUUGCUUUCAAGCGACAUCUGGAAAGCCAAGAUCAGGAACCCAGUUCCAAAUAUUUUCUGUCAGAGGAGAAGAUGGCUGCCCGUUUUAACUCCCUUAGCCUGGACAACGACCACAUCUACAGUUCUAAUGGCUUCCCUGUUCACAGUGAAAACCCCAGGUGGCAGCAGGCGUAUACACAGUUGAAAGAGCUACAGCAGAGGCUGUCUCAAGAUGGAGCAAGUGAAGAAACCAACUCUACCGAAGAAGACGAGCUGACCACUGUCAUAGUAGAUGGUGAAUUUAUGAUGGGAGAUUGCCCCAUGCUGGCACCAUCUUCCUUCACAUUAGAAGGACUUGAAGGAAGCAGCAUUGCCCCUGAAGAAAUGUUUCUUUCUCUGAAUCCUUGUACAGAAGUUGUCCUGUGGAGCCCUCACGGUAACUCAUUCUUGCAUACCAUCAGGACACUGAUAGCUGCCCCAUCUUCCCCAUCUGUCCAGCCCCAUCUAGAAGUGGUGGCAAGACAAGAGGAAAUGGAAAUAUGAGUCAUCCCCCAUUCUACUUCCCUUUGAAGUCAAAUUCAGUUCUUAGUCUGGCUGUCUUUCAACAAAAAGGACCUUUAUCCAGCCAAUGUAAACAUUUUACUACAAAUAUUUUACACUACCAUGGGGGCAUUCAUCGUUUUCAACCAGCUGCAAUAAUCUGAUCCUGUCUCCUUCAUCCACGUAAUGUACAUCUGCAACUACGUAUGUCCAAUAUAUAUCUAUUACUGUAUUUUCUCUUUCAAUAAGCAAUCAGUGAAUACUUCCUAGGACAUUGUAAUAUACUUUUAAAUAAGAGUUAAAAUGGGCAUUCUAACCACUUCUUUUAUACUUUAUUAGCCCAGAAGUCAGAUUUUUAAUAUCCAUCAAAGUUGUUUUUUUUUUGACAUUUUGCUUCAGAUAAAAAGACUCAAUGCUUUUAUACUGCCAAAUACUGAGAGGAGCUGGCAUUAUGAUUAACUCCUCCUAUUGGCACCAAAGGAGUGGGUGUAACAGACAAAUAAAAGCAGCAGAAGUGUUUUUAUAUCUAAAUUUCUUUAUUGAAUAGUGGUGUAUCCUUAACAAGUUUGAUGCCAUUAGCAGUGGGUUAAAACAAAAUGUUUUAAUUAUCUACAGAGUUGGGUGUAUAUAAAAUAAUUAAUGAAGCAAAUAUAUUGCACAGAGGGUCCCAAUGCUGAAAGGGAACAGAGUAUCAGUCUGCAAUACCCAAAGGUUGGGAAUCCUAGGAUGGCAACUAUCAGCUGAAUCCAGACAUAAUUUCAUAUUCCUAUAUUAAAGUUUAUGCCUCCAUUUCUUAUUGUGUUCCUCAGUUUCUGGAGGUAGACUGGGCUGACUGAAUUGUACCCCGAUCAUAGUUGCAAAUACAAGGUGAGAAGGUUACAAAGUCCUUUUUCAAACCCAGCCCUACAUUUGGGGCUAUUUUCUCCAACAUCUGGGUUGAAGGACAGGGCUAAUGUAAAAGAGAUGGAAAACUCUCCAAUCCUAAUAGGGGAGCAACAUAGCUUGGUCCUAAACCAUUCCUAAAUAAAGUAUUCAGAGCAAGCCUAGAGAGAGAUGAGAAGGAAAACUCCCAGUACUAUUAGCUGGGAAAUUCUGACAUGUUUUGCUGGAUUUCUUCCACUUCUGCUUAUUAUUAUGUAAACUGAGGCAUAGCCACAGAGCCUGGAGGAACUUGCCUCCAAAACAAUCAUAAUGCCCACCUUCUCCUUCACUCUGCAUUGUUCUUCACAUGACUUAAAACUGAAUAUUGGUUGUAUUAUGCAAUAACAGCACCCAGCCAUAAUACCACAAGUGGAGAAAUAAAAUACAAUGAGUGGGCAACAUUGCAGAAAAGGGCUUUUUUCAGUUGUGGGGAGAAGGACAAUAUCCUUGAGCUCAGCUAUGCCCCACAUCCUCUUUCUUUAUUCAUCUUAAUAAUUUGUUUCAGUAGUCUUUUUUUUUUUUUUUUAAUGCUGCUCGGUACUUCCCACCCACCCCCUUUCUGUAAGCACAAUCUACCUCCCCAACCUACCAUCAAGGGGGGACUAUAGUGCUUCAACUGGUUUCUCUAUCCCCACAACUCAACUUCCGGGGGGGGGGG